UCUGUUUUUUCUGCGGGCGGAAGUGGAAGUGCUGCUCUCGUCUGUGGCUUGGAGAAGUCCCUUACUGCCAUGUCGGCGUUAGCUUUGGAGGAGCUGUCUGCCAUUGCUGCUAUUUACUGUGGGCGAGAGGAAUGCGAGGUGCUGGAAGUGUCAGAAACAAAGGGAAUCUCAUUCAGGAUCCAGACCAGUGUGAAAGGACCUUUGGGAACGGACAUAUUAUUAAAGUUGUUGUUUCAUUUACCACUCAGUUACCCAUCAAGCUUGCCAAACAUCUCUCUUCAUUCUGAACAACUCACAAGGACACAGUGUCUGGCUGUGAGAGCAAGAUUGCUUGAAGAAGCAGCAAGCCAUUUGUCUCAGCCCAUGGUACAUGAGUUGAUCCUCUGGAUAAAGCAGAAUUUUCAGUCUGUGGUUGAAGAAGCUGAAAUCCCAGCCUGCAGUGGGCAAAGUACUCCGUCAGUGAAAACAGCCGAGGAUGAUGUCUGGACUGCCCUUUUGCAUUUAGACCAUAUGAGAGCCAAAGGAAAAUAUAUCAAAACGGUCGAAAAAUGGUGUAGAGAUCUUGAUCUGGCGGGAAGAUUGAUGUUUAUGGGCAAGAUGAUUCUCAUACUUCUUCAAGGAGACAAGCGGGACAUUAAGGAAUACCUUAUGCUCCAAAAAACUAGCAAAGUGGAUGUGGAUUCGAGCGGAAAGAAGUGUAAAGAGAAAAUGAUGUGCGUACUCUUUGAAACAAAAGUACAGGCUGAACACAGAAGGUUUCAGGCAUUUGAAGUCAAAGAAUACUCAACGUUGGAUGAGCUGCAACAUGAGUUUGAGGCCGCAGGACUCGCAAAACUCUUCAGUGAGUUUGUGUCGGCUCAGUUAAAAUAAUUUUGAAGCAAGCCCAAAUGAUUGUGACUUAAACUGUCACUGAAUAUAUCAAAUGAACGGGAUGAUAACAUGGAAGGUUUGGUGACGAACAUGUCCUAAAGGUUUUCUGAAGCAAACUGUCACAAAAAAGCUAUCUCCUUGCACAAAGCACGAGGCACUUCUCACAGUAGAACAGAUGUUACUUUGCUGUGUGCCCUGACAGCAUUUUGCUACUAACUGUUGAAAAUUUUAACAGUUGAUAUUUAAGAACUGUAGGUCAGGUGUGAAGGAAUUGCUGUUGUCCUUGGGAUUUGGAAACCUAAUUUUGCAGAUUUUUUAAUACAUAUAUUUUCUGUCUAUUCCGCAUGGGUAUUCAAAAAAUUUUUUUGCAUCAUAUUUUCAAAAAGUAAUGCUUAAGUACGUGACAAUAUUAUGCUGUAAGAGCUUGCGUUUUAAUUUAUUAAUUGAAGAAUAUAAGGGAUGAGACAUAAUUUUAAACUUUGUUUGCUCUUUUUUUUUUAAAUUUUAGGAAAGUGAAGUAAAAUAACUGUGGCAUUAAUUCCCAGAGAUCAGUUUUGCCCUUUCAUAAGAGUAGAGUUUCACCUUCUAUUUAGAAAUUGGAUUUAAAAUUCACCUUACUUCGAAAGGUAGUUUGAGUGGCUACUGAAAUACACACAAAAAUGCACAGUUAAAAACUGAUUAGUAUAUAUAAAACGAUAAGAUAAUAAAAUAAUUUAAAAGGUUUUUUUAAAAAAUGUGAAUGUCAUACAAUCACUUCUUGUUUUUUUUUUUACUAUAACUUUUGACCAUUGGUUCAAUAUAAUAUCUGGUUACUGGCUUACUGCAGGUUUCUUAAGCUGAAUAAAAGCCCCAUUGCCUUUCAUCAAAGAUUAUUUGUUUUUAGCUGUUUGUCUGUUGAGUUUUGUAUAUAAAAUCAUGUAGAGAUGCUGAAAAAGAUGCUAUACCUUUGAUUAGGAAGCUAUUUUUUUCCAGUUCCUAUUAAUCAGGGUGGUAGUAACUUUCUCAAUAUUGUGGAGAUUGGGAAGAAAACCAUUCUCCUAAAGAUUGGGGUGAGUAACUUGUAUCUCCAGAUGUUACUGAAUAACAACUUACAACAUACUAGGUGAGGCUACUGGGAUUUGUCCUUCAGCAAGAUUUGAAAAAACUUUGCAUCCUUGUUUUAUAUUUUUGGCUUGUUGACGAAGGAAAUGAAGAAUUGAUCCCUUUAAUGUAGAGUUUUCUACUUUAAUGUAUACUUAACAAAAGCAGAUACCAAACUCCACAGUUCAGGAGUCGGCUUUAUUCUGGGCUCCAUCUUUAGGCCUGGUAUGCUUGCUCUUUUUUGAACUAAUAUUAUUACUCUUAUUUACCAAACUUUGAGAGAAUAAGUUGAUUGGAAAAAUUUCUUCUAGAAGUCUCGUGCUAACCAUUUCUUAAGUACGUAAGUGCAUCACAGCUGGGAAAGGCAGUGUACUACGUUGUUUAAGAUUUUUGUCUAUCCUUGGAAUGUCCUUUCUGGGCUUCCUUACUAGAGGGGGUAGAUUUUGGGUCACCAUUACUUGCAUGACCUCUGCUUUAACAAGGACCCCAUAGGCUUAAUGGGUUACAGGUGCCUGUCAUAUCCCUUAUGCCUGCCUGCUUACCCACCUGCCUAUUUAUUUCCUUACUUACUGAACUUAUAUGGUCCCAUAUAAUGACUCUAGAGGGCUCACAACUAUCCCUAAAAAUAUGGUUAAAAACAAAGGAAUCCUUCCCUCCAGGUUCCAGAUCAAGCAUCCUUGCAGCUCAACCCCCAUCCUAGCCAUCCUUGGGGAAAGAGCCAGGUCUUCAUGACCCUCUGAAAGGCUAAAAGGGUAGGGAUCUCUCAGAUCUCAGGUGGAAGGUUGUUCUAAAGGACUGGAUUGGUCUCCGGGAAAGCAGACCUCUGAGGUCCCAUCAGGUAGCAACCUGAAGCACACUCCCCCAAUCUGACUUAGUAGGACAGGCAGGAGAGACGAUCCCUGGGAUACAGUCCUGAGCACCAGUUUGUGCAUGGAAGUCUUAUUUUGUCAGCGGCCGUUCCCAAAUUAGAGGACCCAUUCUCUCCUGUAGUGCAAAGCAUAACUAAACUUUUGGGGAGUACAUUCAGUUUUAAUGAGCUCUUUUUUAUACCUUCCCAUUAAAAACAUAUCAUAGCUGUCGUUUCAAUACACACUUGGUAAUAUAAUGAGGUGACAGUAAACUUUGUACGCUUCGGCAUUUUGUCAACUGAGAUGUAUGAUUUUUUUUAAAAACUACUUUCUGUAUCCAAUUUGUAUCUUGUAUAUUUUUUGAUGGCAACAUCUGCCUUUGUGUCAUCCAAGAAGAAACAGUUGUAAAAAAAGAUCUGUUAAGAGAAGAGUUCAUGCUUGCUAUCGUAAAUGAGGAUAUAUCAGUCAAAUCUAGGUGUAAUAGUUUCAAAACAUUUGCCAUAUGGGGCAAAUUAUGUCACUUCAAAUAGUUGACAUGGUCAUAUUAGACUUCAGAAGGUAUCCCAGAAUGUCAUUGUUGUUACCUAAUCUAGAGCACAUUGUCAAACCCUGUAUAAGAUGAACAUAUCCAAUAGCGCCAUGGCUGAAAACAGCACUGUAUCUCCAUGUGUACAAAAGUACUAUGGGAAGAGCAUGGACAGUGCCCUGUGGUACAUGAGAUUAUAUCUUCAGGCAACUGCUUCACUUCAAGCUUGCUAGAUAAGGAUUUUGGGUCUCUGUGUGUAUUGUGGAUGGACACCUUUAAGCAAAACAAAGGAAAAAAUAUCAUGGAAAACAUUAUGCUUUUCAUGAUAUACUCUUUAAGGAAACAUAUCCCUAAAUCCUGUAAUCUCUGAUAAUAGGUGUUGAUAUGAAUCCUUAUUAAUAAUAAUUAGCUAAUUUAUUAGUUUUAACAUUUUCAUUAUUUUCCCACUUGUCUUUUAUCAUCUGCCUAGAGUUGCAUUAUAGGAGAGAUGACAGCAUAAAGUUUUAUAAAUUAAUUAAUAUGAUCAGUAUGAUUUAUCCAGAUAUUGUUAUUGCCUCUUAAUAUCUACUGGGAGUAGCAACUAGUGGUCAGCUUGUACACAACAUUGACAGCUCAGUGUCAAUCUAAUACGUGAAUAUAUGGUAGUGUCUUCAUUGCCUAUCAGAAAAAAAGGAUAUAAGAACAUUAAGAGAAUCUUAUAUUAAUAUAUCAAAUGCUUGUUAUAUGCUUAACUUCGGGGAAGUUCUCAAACAGAUCCUGAGCAUUACAGAAUUUUUAGUGUCACCAGCAAUAGGUGCCUCUGCGAUCAUGAUUAACUAUCCACCUUAGUUACCUAGAUUUUGUCUGUCCUAGUUCACCACCACUUAGUUUUAUUGGAAUACCCAGAUUUUGACUUUGUGAAAAAGGCUCAGCUCCUCAUGCAUAGCUUUAUAUAUCUCGAUGAAAGUUUUCCAUUUGCCUUUUUGAAGAUAAGGAUGACAAAAUGUGAACCAUUUUUAAAUGCCGCCAAAUUUUAUUUUAUUUUUUUCAGGAGUGUGGACAGUCUUCUAAAUAUGGCCACUCUUGCAUGGAUUUGUGUAGAAAAAAAAAUUACUUCUUUCUCUUUUUUCUUUUUUGAAAACCCUUGUUCUACUGAUGUCCAACAUGGAAUUUCUUUUUUUAACAGUAAUAGGCACGUACAGCCCCCUUUUUUUUUUACUGAGCUACUUACCACUAGCCUCAAGACUCCUUUCUUGAUUAGCUAUUGUCAAUUCAGAUCCCAACAGCGUGCAUAAGAGAUUAAGAUUCCUGCCCUGUUGUUAUGUGCUUGCUUGACAUUCUUCCUAGAAUGUUUCUUAGAGCAGUUCUUUUUGUCCUUAUGAUAUAUAUACAAAAUAAUUUAGUUUGCCAGCCACCUAGCUAAAUUUUCUGCUAACUAUUGGUGCCUCAGAACUCAUUUAUAAACUAGUGGUAUAGGUCUAUUACAGUGUUUGUACUCCAUCGUGAGAAUAGGAUUCUGAUCUUGAACUAGUUAUUAAAAAUAUAAGAGCGCCUCACCUUUUAUCUCAUUCUGCUAAAUUUGUUUCCAGAGAGAUGUCAUCAAAGCUGCUUAAAAAAUCUAAACAAACCCCUUUCCACAUCCUUGUUAAUACUCAAGAACGCUUAAAAAGAAGCCUUAUCUUUAAAGGAAUAUUGCUGGUUCUUCAGCAAGGCUUGUCAUCCUAUAUGUGCUUAUCAAUUAAUCUUUAAUAACAUUUUCCACCAAUUUGGGUGGAAGACCUGCUAAAUCAACUAGACUAUAAUAUCCUGAAUUCCCCUGGAUUCUUUUUUUUUUUUCAGUUGGCCUGUAUAUUAUCCAUUUUCCAAUCUUCCGAUACAUAAGUUGACCUUUAGGGCAUGGUACAAUUAAGAGAUGGUUAAGAUCAGUUUGUUUUUCAUACAGUAUUGUCCUUUGAAGAUUUGUUUUUUGUUAAAAGAUAAAUGUGACAUGGUUGGCUCAUGUCAGGAAAAUGUAACGUACAAAUAUAUUAAAACUUCCAAUAGAUUUUGCAGUAGAUCUUGAUCAUCAUUCAGAAUUAAGAACAAAGUCAUCUCUCUUCUGAUUGGUUCCAUGAUAAAUGUUACUAGGCAUGUUAUUCCACUUUUGCUUUUCAUUGUGACUAAAAUAACUACUACUUAAUUCUAUGUAUGGAUAAUUAAAACAACUCAUUUGGA